GGCUGCUGUUGGUGAUGCGCUGUGAUCCCGACAUAAGGACCCGCCCUGCAGCCAGCAGCUCUUUGUGCUCAGAGCCACAGCCUGCUGCAGGACCAUAGGACAGGGACCCGCAGCCCGCAGGACCCAGACCUUAGACCGGACUAUAGCGCAGGGACCGGACCCGCAGCCCAACCGGGACCCAGACCUUAGACCGGACUAUAGCGCAGGGACCGGACACCAGCCACCACGGACCCCAGACGGACCCAGACCGGACUAUCACCGCCCGUCCAGUUGGAUCCAUCAGCGUAACCUUCUCCGGUAUCUGCGUCGCUCUCGUGGCUUCGACGCCAUGGUGAAGUGCUCGGCAUGGCGCCUGCUCCUCCUGCAGUCCGUCCUCACAGCGGGAGUCCUCUCUCAGGGCGACUUCAGCCUGGAAGACGCACUGGAUCCCGAUGUCCCGCCCACAGCUCGCGGCCGAACCACCAAAGCCCCGCCCAGCCUGCUGCCCACCAAUCCCAAGGGGCGGGCCCCGCCCCCCCGACCGGCCACGCCCAGGCCCGGCAAUGACUUUGAUUUGGCUGAUGCCCUUCUGCCCAGCAAUGACAAACCUGAGAAACCCAACAGAAAGAACCAGGGAGGUGGGAUAUCAGACGACGAUCUCUUUGGCCUCGUUAAAGAUGAAGACUACAAACCGGACAAAGGCAAAGGCAACCAACCAAGCGACGGAGAGAAAGGCCAAACCGAUCUAACUGGCUCCGGGGCCGAGGUGGGCACCAUCGGUGGCAUCGUGAGUGCGGUUGCCAUGGCGCUGGUGGGGGCGGUCACCAGCUACAUCUCCUACCAGAAGAAGAAGCUGUGCUUCGGGAUCCAACAGAGUCUGAAUGUGGACGUGAUGAAGUCAGAGGGCCCCGACGCCGUGGUGGCCACCGAACCACAAGUUCAACAGUCGCUGAUGGAAACCAAGGCUGAGCGACCGCCAAGUGAAGACAACAACGUUUAACACACACACCCUCACACCGACACACACUCUCACACCGACACACACACACACACACACACACACACACACAGACACACACACACACACAUACACAGACAAUCAGCUCUGCUGAUGUGGCAGUGCUCUCUGACAGACGUGGUAUUAUGGUUAAACUGCUGACUGGAGCUCAUGUACAUGUGGACGUAAAGGAUGUUUACACUGUCAAUAACAAGCAGCUUAAUGGAUUCUCAGAAAAAGGCAAAAAAUAAAUGGAAACAAUCCAACACUGAAUGCUGGUUACUACCUGUUCCCAGGGGGAGGUCCCAGUGCGUUCAUUGGAUGUCUGCUGCUCACUUCCUGUUCCCAGGGGGAGGUCCCAGUGCGUUCAUUGGAUGACUGCUGCUCACUUCCUGUUCCCAGGGGGAGGUCCCAGUGCGUUCAUUGGAUGUCUGCUGCUCACUUCCUGUUCCCAGGGGGAGGUCGCAGUGCGUUCAUUGGAUGACUGCUGCUCACUUCCUGUUCCCAGGGGGAGGUCGCAGUGCGUUCAUUGGAUGCGUAGUCUGUACACUGAAGUGGUCUUGGCUCUGGACCUGGUCGACAAACCCCCCAGGUCCUGGUCCACAGACUGCCCCCCCCCCCCCCCCCCCCCCAGGUCCUGGUCCACAGACUAGGGCCACAACAGGGCCAGGCCAGCCCAGGGCCCGGCCAGCCCAGGCCACCACAGGGCCAGGCCAGGGCCACCACAGGGCCAGGCCACCACAGGGCCAGGCCAGCCCAGGGCCACCACAGGGCCAGCCCAGGGCCCGGCCAGCCCAGGGCCACCACAGGGCCAGGCCACCACAGGGCCAGGCCACCACAGGGCCAGGCCAGCCCAGGGCCACCACAGGGCCACCACAGGGCCAGCCCAGGGCCCGGCCAGCCCAGGGCCACCACAGGGCCAGCCCACCACAGGGCCAGGCCACCACAGGGCCAGGCCAGGGCCCGGCCAGCCCAGGGCCACCACAGGGCCAGCCCACCACAGGGCCAGGCCAGGGCCCGGCCAGCCCAGGGCCACCACAGGGCCAGCCCAGGGCCCGGCCAGCCCAGGGCCACCACAGGGCCAGCCCAGGGCCCGGCCAGCCCAGGGCCACCACAGGGCCCAGGCCAGUACAGGCUUCAACCUCACCAGUACAUUUUACACAUUGGACCUUUAAACAAGAUGAACACGUUAUAAUAAAACUACUAACCUAAACUAACCAAAGUCAUAUAAUCAAAGUAAAUGUGAGCCCAAACAUGGAGGGUCAAAUGUUGACUGCUGUCUACAUCAACUCACAUUGUUAACCAGAAAGAUGGGAUGUAGCCUGAACCCCUUAAAGAUGGGAUGUAGCCUGAACCCCUUAAAGAUGGGAUGUAGCCUGAACCCUUACAGGAGUCACAUACUAUUGUACCCAAUAAAGAUUGAAUGUAGCCUGAACCCUUACAGGAGUCACAUACUAUUGUACCCAAUAAAGUCUGUUGUCCAAUUAUUGGA